GUCCGUCCGUCCGUCCGUCCGUCCGUCCGUCCGUCAUCCCUCAGGGAAUGGCCCGGCAGCUGGGGUCCCCCCGCCCUGCGUGCAAUCUGCGUACCCAGGGCUCUGUGGCGCCGAGCCCGAGCAGUGCGGCCUCCCGAGGGAACCUCCGAGGUUUAACGGGGCCGAGGGGAAGGGUCGGGACGGCCCCUGGUACCAGCAUGGGCUGGGCGGGAUGGAUGGAGGGAGAGCAGCCCUGCCGAGAGGGACUGGGGGUGCUGGUGGGUGACAGGAUGGACGUGACCCAGCAAUGUGCACUCACAGCCCAGAGAGCCAAACCUGUCCUGGGCUGCAUCCAGAGCAGCGUGAGCAGCAGGGGAGGGAGGGGAUUCUGCUCCUCUGCUCUGCUCUGCUCUGCCCUGGUGAGACCCCACCUGCAGGGCUGCAUCAGCUCUGGGGGGCCCAGCACAGAACAGACGUGGAGUUUUUGGAGCAGAUCCAGAGGAGGCCACGAAGGUGGUCACAGGGCUGGAGCACCUCACCUCUGCAGUCCGGCUGAGAGUGGGGAUUGUUCAGCCUGGAGAAGAGAAGGCUCUGGGGAGGUUUUACUGCAGCCUUCCAGUGCCUGAAGGAGGCUACAGCAGAGCUGGAGAGGGACUUUUCCCAAGGGCAUGCAGGGAUGGAAUAAGAGAAGAUAGUUUUAAUCUGAAAGAGGGUGGGUUGAGAUAGGGUGUUAGGAAGAAGUUCUUUAAUGUGAGGUGGUGAGGCACUGGAACAGGCUGCCUGUGGAAGCUGUGGAUGCCCCAUCCCAGGGAGUGAUGGGCUCUGAGCAGCCUGUGGAAGGUGUCCCUGCACACAGCAGCAGGGUUGGAACAAGCUAACCCUUCCAACACAAACUAUUCAACUAUUCGAUGAUCUUCUCACUUUGUGCCACUUGUGGGGCUGGGGAGUGCCAUCAGAUAUGGCAUCCUUGUAGAGAUGGGUGAAAGAUGAGUAGCUAUCACUGCUAGUCACUUUUUGCAGUUGGCUGUUGCAGUGGAUGACAUCUGAGGUGCAGACUUGGUUUUUCAUAGGCCAGCAUGUUUCUGGUGAGGAUUGGAAAGGACGAACCAUUAAAUUAACAAACCAGGCUGACAGGAGACUGCAGUUUGUGCAGCAAAUCAAGUGUGACACAUACAUGUUUUAAUGUCUUAAACAACUGAUUUUCUUGUUCACAGUGCAGGAAACAGUAGAGAAUGUCUUUUCGUGGAAGAGGAGGCGGAGGAGGAAGAGGAGGUGGCUUUAACCGAGGAGGAGGUGGCGGUGACAGAGGUGGCUUCAACCGCGGCGGGCGCGGUGGCUUUGGACGGGGAGGUGGAAGAGGAGGCUUCAACAGAGGAGGAUAUGACCAGGGCCCUCCGGAAAGGGUAGUUUUGUUGGGGGAGUUCAUGCAUCCCUGCGAAGAUGACAUAGUUUGUAAAUGUAAAACAGAAGAAAACAAGGUGCCUUAUUUCAAUGCCCCAGUGUACCUGGAUAAUAAGGAGCAGAUUGGCAAAGUGGAUGAAAUAUUUGGACAGCUGAGAGACUUUUAUUUUUCAGUGAAACUCUCUGAGAACAUGAAAGCCUCUUCAUUUAAAAAACUGCAAAAGUUUUACAUUGAUCCAGCAAAGCUGCUGCCUCUUCAGAGAUUUUUGCCAAGGCCCCCUGGAGAAAAAGGUGCUCCCAGAGGAGGUGGUAGAGGAGGACGUGGUGGUGGACGUGGGGGAGGAAGAGGUGGUGGUAGAGGAGGAUUUGGAGGAGGCAGAGGUGGAGGAAGAGGAGGAGGAUUCAGAGGAGGUAGAGGCGGAGGAGGAGGAGGAUUCAGAGGAGGAAGAGGUGGUGGAGGAGGCUUUCGGGGAAGAGGACAUUAAAAAUGGACCCAUGAGUAUCUCCUCAUUGUCUUACCGUGUCAUCUGCAGAAGUGAAGAACUGUGAAACAUUUUUGUAAAGAACCCUGAAAAUCUUUUUAUAAAGAACUUGAAUCUACAAAUUACAAUUAUUUUUACACUUCAUGACUGUUGAUGGACACACAAGGAGAGUGUAGCCCCAGGUGAAGAGCUGAAGACUGCUCAGAACAUCUGUAAACUUUUCUGAGCCACGGUUCGAUGUUAUUCUUAAACUGUUUGUUUCUGACAAGCAGUGCAGUCAGUGCUUAACUCCAUGUUGGAGUUGGGAGUAAACAAUCAGCUGAAAUGGGUUUUCAAAAGACCCUACAUGUUCAUUGCAUGCACAUACUUCAGUGUGAACCUGUGCAUGACUGAUCCCUGGUUCUCAUCCUCCUUUUAUAUCAAAUCUUCUGGGCUACUCUGAAAUGGACAUGCUGUUUAAACAGCCUUUGUGAACCUUUUUUUAUAAAUUAAAUUUCAAACUUC